UGUCUCGGCCCCGCGUUCCGCCUGGACAUCCAGCGGCGCUCAGCGAUGACGGCCCAUUCCUUUGCCCUCCCGGUCAUCAUCUUUACCACGUUCUGGGGCCUCAUCGGCAUCGCCGGGCCCUGGUUCGUGCCCAAAGGACCCAACCGCGGAGUGAUCAUUACCAUGCUGAUUGCCACUGCAGUCUGCUGCUAUCUCUUCUGGCUCAUCACCAUCCUGGCCCAGCUGAACCCCCUGUUUGGGCCCCAGCUGAAGAAUGAGACCAUCUGGUACGUGCGCUUCCUGUGGGAGUGACCAGCUGUGGCUUCUGCCCCAGGUGCCCUGCUCUCUGGAUGGCCCUGGCUCAGCGUCCUUGUCAACCCUUCGUCGUCCCCACCCUCCCCAGCUGUCCUGGGCCCUCUGCACUCCCUUGUCAGCACCUUGGGACCCUGGGAGAAAGCCCUGAGCUCAGGCAGGCUUGAGCAGGGGUUCUCCUGCCUGCAAACUCCCACGGCUCCAGAGCUUUCUGCCUCUCCCCAGCAGCUCCUGGACAAGGCACGGGUGAAUGGGGUCUGUCUCUGAAUAUGGGGUGGGAGUCAGGACGCAUCCCUGACCCAGGAAAGAAAGGCAUCCUGUGGAGAAGGGGCAGGGAUGUGCUCAUGCAGGCGCAGUCACCAACUCUGUCCCCACCCUGCUGUGCCACGCAGGGACCUUCUCCAGCCGUGACCUCCCGGGAUAGUCUUAAGUUGUCAUACACUCGCAAAUGUGAAAUUUCUGAAAAUGUUGACUAUAGAGAAACAUUCAUGCCAAGAAAUCCACCAAGUAUCUUUAGGUGGAGAUUGAAACCUAGGUCCUUUGUAACAUCCAAGUUGUUUGACGGCUUGCUCUGAAAGUUGUGUCUUAGAGCUGGGAAGGUGGCUCAGUGGUAGAGCGCGUGCCUCGCAUGCAUGAGGCCCUGGGUUUGA